CGCCCGGCGCUACAUCCUCACGAUCUGAUUGGACAGCAGGAUGACGACAGUAGAGGAGGACUCCCUCAGGCAAGCGGCGUGGGCGUGCGGAGACAGUAAGAGAGAGAGGGAGGAGUGAGGGGAGAGAUUGAGGUGUGUGGCUGCCAAUGCGAGUGCAGGGCUGGGAGGCAGGCACCCAAUCGAGGGAGGGGAGGUGCAUUCGAACGCGCGGCAGGAGCCGGGUGCGAGAAGAUGGCGGUGCGGCGGAGGCUGCUGCAGCAGUUCUUCCAGGACCCUGAGAUCGACGGUGCCAUCAUGGUGGAGCGGCCGGCGGCGGCGGCCCCCGCGGGCAGCGCGCGGAAGGCAGCGGCGGAGGCGAGCACCGGGGCGGCGGCUCUGCGGCGGCGCCGGUUGCGGCCGCAGGACUGCGCCGUGUUCCAGUGUCGGGGCUGCUACGCCGUGCUGAGCGACUCGCUACACCUGUGCGCUCAGGAGGAGCGGCGCCUCCGCGUCCUCGCCUGCUUCAAAGUUACAGAAGAUGUUGUUCUAGAAGAUUCCUUAAGAGUUGGUAUUGACGGGUCCCUCCUAGGAUGCACCUACAAUGCGUUGUAUUGUCGUUCAUGUGGAGUCAUCCUGGGCUUCAAUCUUUAUUCUAGCUCCAGUGACCUGGCUUAUCUGCGAGGCUUCUUUUGUCUCUUCAAAGACUGCAUCCUCUGUUACUUCUUAACAACUAAAACCACGAUAGAUGGCUCGGAGAUGACCUUUCCUGCUUUGAACCUAAACAGAAAACUGUCAAAACUGAAGGAACAACUUGUGAUUAUCCAUGUACGCCUAGAAAUCCUGAUAAGGAGACUAGAAGAACUGACCUGGCAGAAUAUGGGAGAUAAGCAGGGAUGCUCAUCAAGGACAGCUUGCUUAAAGCCAGAGCGUGCACGAAUCAAGUCAAACAAUUAAUAUGCCAUUUUACCAGACUGCUGGAGCCGUUUGUGUAUUGGUGCAUGUAAUGAAGAAAACAGUCUGAUUGGUUUCAUUGUAAUGAAGAAAAGUCUGAAAUAUGCCUGUGAAUGUCAGGGAAAACUAUUGUGUUACUUAGUCCCUGUGUAGAAAGAACUGAUCCUGAAAUGCAUCUAAGACUACGGAAAUUCACUGGAUCUUGUGCAGUGAGAAACUCAUACUUGUGUCCAUGUAGAACUUCCAGCUUUUGAAAUACUACAGUUGAUACUGUGGUUCUUCCUAAGUCUUAGCCACUUCACAAAAAACAGCCUUUGAAAGCUGACUUUAGGGUCUUGAGACUGUUAGUUAAAAACAUGAACAGCUGGUCCUAUUCAAGAUCUGCUGUUAUAAAAUGUAUUUUGUCAGGUGCCUAAAAGUCUAUACCACCUCUUCAUGUAGAUAAAUUGCUUGUAACAGUUGGGGGUUGGUCUAGAUAUUUCCUUGAUAGGCUUGAAUGGGUUCUGCUCCUCUUAAAGCAUUUAAAAAUUAAUCAGACAUAGAAGAAGGUGGCAUUUUUUGCAGGAUAGAAAGAAGAGGGUCCUAUGACUUUGUCAUUGAUUUAUGAGCAGUAUUUCUUAUUUAUCGUCUUCCCUCAUUCACCGGAAAGAUUGCAAAUGCUUUCUUCUCCUCAAAGGUAUACUUCAGUGAAUUCAGUAGCUCCCUGAAAUGUGUUGGGUGUGUUGUGGGAAGUAUUUGCUGCGUUUAAUUCUAGUAAUGAGCAAAUUCCCCUUUCUUGCCCUGUGCAAAGGACUGCCAACCCACAUUGUUUCUAAUUAGAGUUGCUGAUGUUGGUAAUCCCUGCACUUUUUUUUUUCCAAUUAUUUUAGACUUCUCAAAAAUACCCAAUGAAUAUGCAGACUUCUAAAUGAGGUGGGCUGUGUCUUGGCAAAAAGCCCCAUACGAGUCAUCACAAUGGUGGCUUGGAUCAACAUAACCAGAAAAGCAGCACAUACAUUUCUUAACUACUACUUGAAGCCUCUUGGACUGUUUAUGCUGGUUAAGCCAAAUAGCUGACAAUAACCUAGAAUAUUAAGAGCUCUGUUUUAAGAUGCCAUCAAAUGCAAGGAGGGCAUAUUAGUCUUGUAUAUUACCUAGCAUAGGUUUUUUUUGUUUGUUGUUGUUUUAAGAUGGAUAACUACAUUGCACAACCUUAGGAGGAACUCAUGUUGGAGUUAUAAGAGUAUUUCUCAGUGGCAGCUGAAUUAAUAGUUGAAAAUGAAAUCAAGACUAAUUAUUUAUUUGAAAAAAUGACAUUUUGUAUGAUAACUUAAAUUGUCUUGUAAUAGACAUCACUUUUGCUCUAAGUGCUGCAGCUGGAGCCUUCCUGACUAGACAGUUAAUUAAAAUACUUUAAACAGCUUUGAUUUGUUCAUGAAAGAUCCAGAGAUUGACUGUAAUAAGGAACCAACUUGGAAGUUGCUUGGUCAGUGGAGAUGGCUGGACCCUGUUUAGCUAGCCUGGCUAUGUAUUUAGAACUAACCUAAGGUCACCCUAAGGUCUUACUUGAUCUAUUGAUGGCACUGGGAGACUUGCAAAAAGGUCACCUGGAGUAAUACGAUCUCAAUGAUCAAACUUCAUUUAAAUUCAUUACUCGUUCAGCCUUCACUACAGCAUUCAACAUCACUCUCAAACGCUGAAUUAUGGGGCUGCUUAUUUUUGCCCUUUCUAUCCUUACAGUAACUCCAGUUAUCUCCCAUGGACUUCAUGUUUACAUCCUGCUUAAGACCAAGUACUUGUGUUUCUGAAUCAACCCACCCCAUCCUCCUUUUCCCUUCAAAGGGUAGGUUAAACCAUUCCUACUGCUUGUUUCUGUCAGUGACAAAGACAAGCUGUUAGUUAUGCUGGUUUGUUAUAAGUACAUCAAGUAGGUUCGAGGUGGCCAUGACUAGGCCUUUAAGUGUUAUGUUAACAGUGUACCUUUGCCAACUUUUACAUUUCCAGCUAGCUACCUCUCUAUUUCUUACCACUGGAAUAAGUAGCACAUGGGCUUGGGACUUUGAUUUUUUUGAGCUGCAUGUCAGCAUGUGGUAAAUAGCAUAAGACAACUACUUUCUACUAAUUGCAAACUAUACAUUAAUCUUCCUGGGAUUUGGUCAUCCAGCAUCUCUGUCCAGCUCAAGUGCAGAUGAGACCUAGUAAUACUACUAAAUCCUGCUGUAUUCCAUAACUAAUAUGAUGCUUGAAAUUUUUCACAUAGAUGGGGGGAACAGGGAUUAAAACUUAAACUUGUUAAGAAAUCUUUCACUUGUCAAACUGAUGUAAAAUGAAUGCAGUGUCACCUGCCUGAGUCUAUAGACAGUGUGACAGUAGUUUAGAGAUGGAUGAACUGUUACUAAGAUAGUGACUUGACCUAAAGAUGGCACUUAAUGUUGAUUUAUUUAAAGCUAUUUUGUAGCAAACACUGGUAUCAAAUUUCAA